CGUUAAUGCAUUUCGGUUAUUACAAGCCACAAUAGGCGCUCAAAACAUCGUCCAACAACGAAUUUGGGAAUAUCAUUUAUGAAACCAAUAUCCCAGGUAUUUCAUAAACGAGUUAUAUCACACUAUAAGGUUUAAAUUGUAGAAACGAGGCCUGAAGGAAAUGCGUUACCAAUGCCGGAGCUAAACGCUGCCAAGACCUUCAAGUGCAAUACAUGUUUGACAACUUUUCGUCGGCAUGAACAUCUUAAAAGACAUGCGGCUACAGCUCACACUGCAGAUCGUAGCUUUGCAUGCGAAUUCUGUACUGCUAAAUUCAAACGAGGGGAUGCUUUAAGGAGACACUAUAAGUCAUGUUCUCUUAGAGUCCAGCGUGGCGUGGACAUGCCUCCGGCUAUUCAAGCUGGCAGGCGGAAACGGGCCUGUGAAAGCUGUACGACUCUCAAGAGAGCAUGCGACCUUCGAAUGCCAUGUCUUGAAUGUGCAGAGAGGAGAAAGCAAUGCAUCUAUAGACGCGGCUCCCCAGUGGUCGAAGCUCGCGCGGGUUCUGAAGUCCUCACCUCUGCUGCCGAACAACUCAACAUCGGUACCGAAUUUAUUGAUUUGCCAUUCUUUGGCAUAGACUACGGGCAUAGCGGUGGAAUGCCUUAUGUCGGAGAUCUAACUACGCUCAUGCCGGCGGCAGAACAUCCUCCACAAGGGAUCCAACGUCCCAUACGUCUCCAAUUCUUGUUAAACUUCACUCGCACUACGGGGGUGAACAGCUCAUAUAAUUACAAAAGGCCAUCUAUGCAACCGCAGAGUCUUGUAGGCGUAUUCAGUUACGGGACCGUGUACAUUUCCAAGGGUGCAGGGAUAUGUCGACUCCUUGAGUCUGCUACGCGGACCACAGGCACAGGCACAGCUCAUCCCGCCAACAUUAAUUUCUCUCAAAUAACAUCGGCUGCCAACAAUCUCUUCUCUAUCGAAGAAAUGCCAAAACUACUUGCAAUUUUCUGGGAACGGUGGUACCCACACUGUCCAAUCGUUCACCGCUCGUCCUUCAACCUCGCCUUUGCUCAUCCUCUCCUAAUAACGGCCAUGAUUCUGUUAGGAGCAGUCAUGUCACCAUUUCCACACCAUAGAGAACAGGGGAGACUUUUGCUUGAUAGUGCGGAGAAUGCUAUCUUCAGUUCCAAGAUCUUUGAUUGUGAAGGAUAUAAGGAUGUUGAUGAGGUCCAUAAUUCGGGGGCCGUCGCCACUUUUCAAGCUGCGUAUUUCAUCUGCAUCAUGCAGAAAUGGGAAGGCAACGAAGUUGCUAAGCAGAGGAUUAGGCGCCAUAGGUUUACUGCUCUGGUAUCGGCUGUUAGGUCCCUUGGUAUCCCCCAUGCUACCCAUAAGCACGACCUAUCACUAGAAGACCCGGACGAAGUUAGAUGGAAGAAAUUUAUUCGUCGCGAAGAGUUAAUCAGAAUCGUGUCAUACGCGUUCCUCCUCGACUGUGGCUUUUUGACAUUUCAUAACUGCGUCCCUAGAAUGGCGCUUCAAGAAAUGACGAAUGAGCUGCCAUGUCUAGAAGUCUACUUCCAGGCUGCUACUGCGUCGGAAUUCUUCGAAUUGACACGCCUUGGAUAUCUUUCGCCGCGCGUGCUCACCUUAGUUGAGGCAUUACGUCUCCUAACAACUACCCCUGAUAGCAUGUUUAACUACGAAGCCGUUCUUCCAACGAGCUCUUUAAGCUUGUUCGUAGCUGUCAAUGCUCUUCUUGCUUUGGUAUACCAUCAACGAACACUAUCAGUUUUCGCUCCAUCUGAUACUCAGCCACUCCUUAAGGCAAUAUAUAGAUGGGAGGACAUCUGGGAGUGGAAUAUGUACCGAUUGCAGGCAUGCAAUAUACGCAUAGAUACGUGCUCAGGAGAGGGACUAUUUAUGCAACAGGCACCCGAAUUCGCUGCGUUGGCAAGGCUUCAACUAAACACGGCCAAUUCGGAAAUAAAUCCAUAUCCAUAUCCUUCUGGCAGCCUCCUUCCAGACUCUGGCUUUUGUAUCCCGCAACAGAAGCUAGAUAAGUCGGAUAUGAGCCAUCUAGCAGAUCUAAUUCUACGUUUUGAGGCCGUAAAUAUGGGACAGGAGACUUUCUAGUAUCAUAUUAGGUGGCUAAUAAACCAAUUAAGG